AGGAAGUAAGACGCGAGAGAGCUGGGGCGUGGGCGCGCUGUACUGGAGGCGGGGAGCGGGCCGGGGGAGGGACGCUGCUUCCUUGUUUUUUUUUGCUGCUCCGCAUCCCCGCUCCGGACUCUAUAUCCGGAAAGAAGUGGACCUGCUGCAACCCUCCCGCCCCCCUUCGCAGCACCCUGAGCCCGGAACUGCUGCCCGCCCGCGGCUCCCGGCCGUGCCAGGAAGGGGCAGAGCGCUGCAAGAACUUACAGCUCUCCCGUCUGCCGUCGGCUGAUUUAAUCGCGUGCAAUGAGGAUCCGUCUGGCCAGAAGAUGGACUUGGCUUGGCAGAAGCUGCCUGUUGCUUGGCCUCUUGAUGGUUGCCUACUUCGUAGUGGAGCUGUCUGUUUCUACCUUCCAUGCCGCCUCCACCGGAGACAGCGUCACCAAUGGGAGAUGGGAGAGACACUUUUCUGACAGAGCAGAAAAAGCAGAGGAUUUGGCUCGUCCAGUUUAUGAAAAAUCCCCUCCUGAUUCUUCUGCGCCAGGAGAAUGGGGUAAGGCCACUCGUCCACAGUUGACUCCUGAGGAAAAGAAACUUGAAGAAGAGCUGAUUGAAAAAUAUGCAAUUAAUAUUUAUUUGAGUGACAAAAUAUCUCUACAUCGUCACAUACAGGACAAUCGAAUGUAUGAAUGUAAAGCCAAAUCUUACAACUAUAGAAAACUUCCAACUACAUCUGUUAUAAUUGCUUUCUAUAAUGAAGCUUGGUCAACCUUACUGCGGACAGUUCACAGCGUUCUUGAAACAUCUCCUGCAGUACUUCUAAAAGAAAUUAUACUAGUGGAUGACUUGAGCGAUAAAAUAUAUCUGAAGGGUGAACUUGAAAAGUACAUUAGUAACCUGAAAAGAGUUCGUUUGAUAAGAACCAGCAAACGAGAAGGACUGGUUCGUGCACGCUUAAUUGGAGCUACCUUUGCUACUGGUGAUGUCCUCACAUUCCUAGAUUGUCAUUGUGAGUGUAACUCUGGUUGGCUGGAACCACUUUUAGAGAGGAUUGCUGAGAACGAGACUGUGAUCAUUUGUCCUGUUAUAGAUACCAUUGAUUGGAAUACAUUUGAAUUCUACAUGCAGACGGGUGAGCCCAUGAUUGGGGGAUUUGACUGGCGAUUGACAUUUCAGUGGCAUUCUGUGCCUGAACAUGAACGUCAAAGAUGGAAAUCUAAAACUGACCCUAUUAGAUCCCCAACUAUGGCUGGUGGGCUAUUUGCAGUUAGUAAGAAGUAUUUUGAGUAUCUUGGUACAUAUGACACAGGGAUGGAUGUCUGGGGUGGGGAGAAUUUAGAACUAUCAUUCAGGGUGUGGCAAUGUGGUGGCACGUUGGAGAUCCAUCCUUGUUCCCAUGUAGGCCAUGUGUUUCCAAAGCGGGCUCCAUAUGCGAGGCCAAAUUUCCUUCAGAACACUGCACGUGCUGCUGAAGUGUGGAUGGAUGAGUAUAAAGAACAUUUUUACAAUAGAAAUCCUCCAGCAAGAAAAGAAAAUUACGGUGAUAUUUCUGAAAGAAAACUACUAAGAGAGCGUUUGAAAUGUAAGAGUUUUGACUGGUAUUUGAAAAAUAUUUUUUCCAACUUACAUGUACCAGAGGAUCGUCCGGGCUGGCAUGGAGCUAUCCACAGUAUGGGAAUAUCAUCAGAAUGUUUAGACUACAAUUCACCUGAACAUAAUCCUACUGGGACUCAUGUGUCUCUCUUUGGAUGUCAUGGUCAAGGAGGCAAUCAGUUCUUUGAAUAUACAUUGAGUAAAGAAAUUAGGUUUAAUUCUGUCACUGAACUAUGUGCUGAAGUCCCUGAACAAAAGGAUUUCAUUGGCAUGAGGAGCUGCCCAAAAGAGAGAUCCCCUAUCCCAGAAAAUAUCAUAUGGCAUUUUAAAGAGGAUGGGACUAUUUAUCAUCCUCAUUCAGGAAAGUGCCUUAGUGCUUAUCGUACUUCUGAGGGUCGGCCUGAUGUGCAAAUGAGGACUUGUAAUGCUGCAGAUAAAAAUCAAAUUUGGAAGUUUGAGAAAUAAAAAAGCCACUGAUGAUAGUUGUUAUCUGAAGAACUUCAGCGUAAAUUAGUGGCUGGCUGUGCUUUGAUACACGGAUGUCCUCUGAGAGCCUUCCCUAUAGUAGUUUAGAAACUGAAUCUCUUAUGCUGAAGUGUACAAAAGUGGGUUGGCAAAUACUGGGAAUUAAUAUUUAAAAGUGCCUUUUUGUACUGACUUAAGGUUUUUAUUUUUGUAGAGUUUUGAUUCAUUAUUGCUUGCAUUUCAGUUUAUAUUUUAGUUUUAGGAAGAGCAUGACCUGUUUUAGACCUGAAGAGUUCUUACAUCAAGUGAAAGAAAAUCUGUUACUUCCGUAUUAUGGUUAAGAAUUUAAAUCUACAGAAGUUAAGGUUCUCACAGCAGUGUUUACUUAGAUAUUCACAGAAUAAAUAAUACAGUAGUACGUGGCUGAGUUAACAUUGGUGUGGGAAGUCAAACCUUAAUCCUUAGUACGUUGUAUAAUCAUCCAGGAAUUUAUUGGGGAUCUGCCAACUCCUAAGGGUGUUGAAGAGGUCAUAUUAUUUUGAAAGGAAUGAAAGUUUCUAUUUUCUAACUACUUGGAAGACGGGAAACAUUAGGACUGGCCCUGCUUCAUUCCCUAAUUCAGUCUUGCCCUAGUUCCUGAAAGCAACUUGGUUCUUCAACACCCCCGCCCCGCACCCUAAUACUAGAGAUAGCGGAACUAGGAAGAUGGGCUAGCAGUAUGAGAAUGUUGGCCAGGUGGAGGUUGGGGGUGGGAAGGGGAUGGUUGGGGGUUGGAGACGAUAGAGUGUGUGUGGUGCAUUUAUCUUGAGUGUGAGAGAGAAAAGGAUGGAUCUCAUGUUGACAUCUGUCUCUCAUCUUUGAAUUCUCAGAACUAGUAUGCACAUCCUGAGUCCUCUAAGCAUUAGUGAGUACUCAAUUUCUGGACACUUGUUUAUAGUCUCAACACUACCGUUAUGUUUACAUAAUCUUUUGCAUUCUUUCUUGUUUUUUUUUUUAAAUAUAUGUAAUAUUUUAUAUAUCAGUAUGUUAGGAGGUGAAGGAAAGAGGUGCUUGUGUAGGUCUUUUCAUAAUGAUAUUAAGGCAGUGGUUCUCCACCUAUUUACUGUUGCGGGCUGCAUAUGCAGCCCGCAUGUGUUAUGUGGGCCACAUUCACUCCAUAUGUAUACGGCCUAUGUGGCCCUGAGGACGUCACAUGGGUUGCAGCUGUGUGCUGAUUGGACCGCAAGCGACCUGCAGGUUGAGAACCAUUGCAUUAAGGUGUUUGUUUAAAUAUGUGAUCAUAGCUAGGAUGUUCAAAUAAAGUUUCUUCGGUGUGUGAUCAUUGGAUUGCAUAUUCUAGAAAAAGUACAAUGCCAGUACCAAGUGUGUUGGGGCCUCUACAUGAUUCUUCAAGGCAUUGGCUUAAGCUUUCGCAAAUCCAGGUGGUUUUAU